AUGCCAGCCCAAAAGUUCAAUUUUAACUUUGCUCCUGCUGAAGAGGAAGACUUUGAUGAAGAAGGAGAAAUUGAAGAAGAAAUGAUCGGUCACCCAAUGCUCAUGAGAAAGGCUACCGAUGAGGAAUUAAAGCAAAUUGAACAAAAGGAGCUUGCCAACUAUCCAACCAAGACUCAAAAGGUUAUUGGUGUUCUCAAGAAUCUCCAACAAGAUUACACGAAUUUGGAGGAUGAAUUCGAGAAGGAAUACCAAAAACUCAGAGAAAAGUAUAAUGCUCUCCAAGCUCCAAUCAUUGUAAGAAGAAAUGAAAUCGUUUUGGGUGAAAAGGAUGCCACUGAAGAGGAAUUGUCCAAGGUUACUUUGGCUGAAGUUUCUACUGAAAAGACUGAAGACAUUAAGGGAAUUCCAGAUUUCUGGUACAAGGUUUUGUUGCACUCUGAAAUUAGAGCUGAGUGGAUUCAAGAAGAAGACUUGGAAGCUCUCAAGUAUUUGAAGAAUAUUGUGAUUGAGGAAUUUGGUGCCAAGCCAAAGGAACCUGCAGCAACCACUGAAGAGAAGAAGUCAGAAGAAGAUGAAGAAAUUGACUUCAAAUCCAAUCCUGGUUUCAAGGUCAUCUUCCAAUUCAAUGAAAAUCCAUUCUUCUCCAAUGAAUCCUUGGUCAAGACCUACUAUUAUGAAGAUGCUGAGAACGAAGAUAUUGCUGCCAGCGAAGGAACUGAAAUUCAAUGGAAGGAAGACAAGGACUUGACUGUCAAGAUCACAACCAAGAAACAAAAACACAAGUCUGGAACCAGAACUAGAACUAUUCAAGUUAAGGAACCAAAGGAUUCCUUCUUCAACUUCUUCAAGAACCUUGAGGAAGAAGUCCAAAAGGAAGAAAAUGAGGAGAACAUGAUGCUCCAAGAAUUGUUGGAGAAUGAAGCUGAAUUUGGUGAUCUUUUCAAGGACAGAGUUGUUCCUAAUGCUGUUAAAUAUUUCUUGAACACUGCUCUCCCAGAAGAGGGUGAUUUUUCCACUGUUCCAGAAGUUACUGACAUGCUUACUGCUCAGGUUAAUGCAGCUCAAGAAGGAACAGAGCCACCAAAACAAGAAUGCAAACAACAAUAA